AUGACUACUCCUACUAUGAAAAAAAUCGACAACCAUCAAAAUACUCAUCAUAUACCCACAUCCGCAUUCCCCCCCGUGAACAACCUUCCACUCGAAUUGAAGGAUCCAAUAAGAAUCACAACCAGCAAAAACUGGGUAUUGCCGCCAAGACCAAAACCCGGUCGUAAGCCGUUAAGUGAAGAACACGAUCAUGGAAAUAGUUGUACCAAUACCAACUUCUUAAGACCUGCUCACAGUGAAAGAAAAACAACUAAACAAACUCUCUCCAUGAAUAGAACUAACUCGAUAUCUAAAUCAUCAGUGGCAAAUAUCAACUCAUCCAUUGCAUCCUCUCCAAAUAUCCAAUCUCCGAUUUCACCAUCUAUACCAACUCCAUCUCCAACUCCCGAUAUGCUCUCUCCCGAAACAGAGGCCGUGGCCAAUUUGUCCAAAAGCCACCCAAAUUGUUCAGCCACGUUGAAGAGGGAUAAGAAAUCCCCAAACAAGAGAUCCUCUUGUAAUAACAAAAAGAAGACGAACAAUGUUUCUUUCAACAACAAAAUGAUUGAAAUCGAUUGUUCUGUAGUUCAUAAUCCUUCAAAGAGAGAAAUACUGAAAAUUAACGAAGAAAACUACUAUUUGAAGCUGGAAGUGAUUAGAUUGGUUUCCACUUUGAAGAAUUUAAGAGAAGAGGUACAGCCCAUCCUUGAAAAACGUAAACAAAAACCAAUUAUCCCCCAAUCAAUGGGGAAGAAAUCCGUCUCCAAGAAGCCUACAACUUUGUCUUCAAACGCUGCGGGUACUAAACAAAUCAAGGGACAAGACGAAGUCAUGAAACCAUCUAGUAUCAAGGAAGAAAAGAAACCAAACUCUUCAUUGAAUACAUCUUUAGAGACUACUUUAGUAAUGGAUCCAGACAAACAAGUGUCGAGUAAAGCAAAUCCUUCCUGCAAACAAUUAUGCCCCAAGAAAAGAUCUCACGAUGAAGAUAUCAAUGAUUUGAUUGUAUCUUUGAUUGACUUAAAUCAUUCCCAGACUAUAUCGGAUAAUUCCACCACGAAUAACGCUAUAACAACAGAUUCUACAGCUACAAAUCAAACGAAACCUAUUCCUACUUCCUUGGAUGAUAAAACCAAUGAGAUGAACUUUAGUACUGCUGCUAGGGAUCCAGCAAAGACAAGCGUCUCUGAAGAACAAAACCUAGGUAAAGCUACAAGGACAUCUAGCUUAUUAGAAAAACAAGUUAAAAUGAAGUCUCCUAGUUCCUAUGACGAGUUUAUGACUGUUCCACAGCAAUCCAUGUCUGAUUUUGAGAACCCUUUCAGUUAUGAAGAAGACGAUUUCGAUCUGCUAUCCACUGUGUCAACAACACCAAGCACCUUGUUUUCCCUUUCUUUGUGUGCAACUAAUGAUACUAUCGACUCCUUUCACAACAACCAUGGUCAUCUCUCAUCAGUCAAUUGUGUCGAGAGUAUAGACGAAUUGCCACCCUUUGAUCUAUUGUCUUUACCCAAUGAGGAUAACCUGUUUUCUGGGAGUUUGGAUGUUCACAUUAACUAUGAUCAACAACUUCAAUCAAAAUCACAAAACAAGAAGCUUAAUACAUUUGAUACUAUCAACUCAAAUUUUGCCGAAUAUGAGGGUAAAGAAGUGGGUAGCUUGGAUUUGAUGAGUCCUGACACAACUCUCAGUAAUGCACAUAAUAGUGGUGAUAUCUUCAAUGAUCAUAACGAUGAUGAAAUGAUGGACUUCAUGUAUAUGGAUCCUAUUAUCGACGUUGAAACUGAUUUCGAAAACUUUGUCAAUGGUAGGGCGUCUGUCCUCUAA